CGCGCGAUCGCGCGCGGGACGGACCAUUGUUGUGUGCAGUAUACUCGCGACCGGCGACAUGAUCGUUCCCCGACAGUAAACAACCUCAAAAACUGCCGGUAAACAAAAAUAAUGACCAGUGUACCACAUUACGUGCGCGAGUGCCAACAGUGUGUGAUAACCAAGAAGCGUGUGCAGUGAAGUGUUUUCAAACGUGUUUUGGAGUUUUGAAGCCAUGCUCGAUGUGUUUAGAUAUAACGCAAGUCAAACGGAACGCCUCAACCUUAGCUUAAGUUCAACCUGACAAAAGUUAUCUGUGAUCUCAUAUUAGUUUUAAAAAGUACAAUGGAUGAUAGGUAGUGCGAUGUGUUGAAAAUGCCGCAUGCGCAUUCGAGCUCGGCCGCGAGCUCUGGGGGGGACGACCUGGGCUCCACGGAUGAAGUGAAGGUGUUCAAGGACGAGGGGGACGGGGAGGACGAGAAGCGAAGCUCAGAGAACCUUCUGGAAGAGAAGUCGAGCCUCAUCGACUGGACUGAGAGCGAGGAAAAGUCAGGAGAGCCUUACUCGGGCAAAUUAUCGGUGAAGUCGGAUCUUAGUCCUGUUUUUGGUAAAUUCGACCCGCACCCAGCGGGCUUCAACAUGGGAUACCUCAUGGCUCCUUACCCCUACCCCAAUGGGGGGGCGCAUCCCCUGCCCGUCUCAAUGGCGGGCAAGAUGGGCCUUCCAGCCGGGGGCAGUUUAUCCCUAUUUUGCCCCGGGGGCGACCUGGGCCAACCUCCCCCUGCCCACAUGGGCAUUCCUCCGCCUUACCAGCUAGACUCCAAACUUGCGGCAGGUCUGGCGCGGACACCGAUGUACCCCUUCCCGGGGGGCACCUACCCUUACCCCAUGCUCAGUCCGGAAAUGUCACAAGUGGCGGCCUCGUGGCAUACCCCGAGCAUGUACCCCAUCUCCUCGGCAGCCAGCAGUUUCCGAAGUCCGUACCCCACGUCGCUGCCGAUCUCCACAUCUAGUCUAUCGAGUGAACUGUACCGGUUUUCGCCGACGCUGGGCGGAGGCCUAGGCCUCGGUCUGGGCCCCGCGCUUGUACCCCCGCCUCCCUCCAAGGCUGACCUCGAGUCCCACCACGCGAGAUACGCGAGGUCACUAGAAAAGGGCAGCAGCAGCGCCACCGACAAGCCAACGGACAGUACAGUCAGCAACAACAGUAAAGAGCAGAACAAAAAGCCGCACAUAAAGAAGCCGCUCAACGCGUUCAUGCUUUACAUGAAGGAGAUGCGCGCGAAGGUUGUCGCCGAGUGUACGUUGAAGGAAUCGGCGGCCAUCAACCAGAUACUGGGACGACGGUGGCAUUCGUUGAGUCGCGAAGAACAAGCAAAGUACUAUGAGAAAGCGAGACAGGAGAGACAGCUCCAUAUGCAGCUGUACCCGGGCUGGAGCGCGAGGGACAACUACGGUUACGGUUCCAAAAAGAAAAAGCGGAAAAAGGACCGUAGUCCUGCCGAGUUGGGAGGAAAUAAUUUGAAGAAGUGCCGAGCGAGGUACGGCCUCGACCAACAGAACCAGUGGUGCAAGCCUUGCAGGCGGAAGAAGAAGUGCGUGCGCUACAUGGAGGCGCUGGCCGCGGCCGCGGGCUCGCUGGCGGGCGCGCCGCCCGCCACGCCGGCGUCCUGCUCCGAUGAGGACGUGAAGCUGGAGGAGCUGUCCGACGCCUCCGACGACGACGACACGCCGCUGUCCGCCUCCAGCCCGGGCGGCCUGUCCGCGCUCUCCUCCCUAGCCUCGCCCGCGUCCGACCCGCCGCCGCCGCCGCGCCACCCGGUGGGCACCAACCCGCGCGACGCCAACAACCCGCUCUCCGUCGGACAGCUCACCUCGCAGUCCUGGCCGCGCGCGCAGCCCCGGCCCGGGCACGAGGUCAUCUCCGUCUCCUAGUGCCGCCGCCGGACCCGUGGCGCCAUCUAGCGCCGGCGAGGUUAGCGGCGAGGACUGGCGCCGUCUGGCGGCCGUGUCGGUUGUGAUAACUAAACAUGUGGGUCCCCCGUGUCGGAUUCUACGUAGACGGGUACCGGCGUUCGUGUGCUUUCGAGGCCUAAUAUCUUUUUACCGAACGCGCGGUAUUCUUUUGCGAUAAUCCGUCGGUGUACGAUUGACGUUUCGAAUUGACUUUUGAGUUGGUGACUUGACAUUUAAUUACGCGUCACGUGUCGUUUUCAUUUUUUUUUUCAUAAAUUUAAAGUCGCUUUGAUCUCAAUUUGAGCCCCGGUCGAGUCAUUUAGCAUUUUGUAUGACCGCUCCCGCAGGUUUAUUUUUCAAAUUUGUUCUUCCGUACAAUUUUGGGGUUUUCAGUUCUCUCUCCUUCCGGCAUUUCCAAAUUAUUCGUUGUUAUUUUAAAACCCUAAUAUUGUAUCUGUCCAAACUAGUCACAUGUCAAAUGUGCCAUUUACACCUGUUUUCGUUUUGGAUUUGAAUUAUAAAAAUGUGGGACAUAUCACGAAAGUACAUUAUAAUUACCAAUCAUUUAAGUUUCUUUACAUUUUGAUUUGUUGACAUCGAAGCUGGCUGCAUUAUAAAUGUAUGAAAUUAUUAUAAAUUAAAUAGGUUGAUUUCAACGCCAUCUAUAUCACAGCCAAUACACUAACCUUCUUUUAUAAUCAUAUCGUCACUACUUUGAAAAAUCUCGUAUCUCACGCUGCUCCUCAAAGUUAAAACGCAGUAAGUCUAUAUGCAUUCCAUACAUAUUUACUACAAUUUUCUUUUCAUUGACAGACGAAGAUACAAGCUUUUUUAAAAGUAGUGACGAUAUAACUCUGGACAGUUUUUUAAACUAAUGCAGAAGGAUUAUGUGUCACAGAUUAAAAACACACAAUCAUUACCGAAACUUUUUAUUUCACUUGUCCCGUUCUUGUACUUAUUUGUAACAAUAUCCUUAAUUAUUAACUGAGAUUAAACAGUGAAAUAUAAAGUUAUGGUAGUAUUGCUAUGGAAAAUACUUCUAAAAUUGUCAUAUACAUUGCUCUCUUAUGGAUAUUUCAUUUUAACAUCUUAUUAACGGAUUCAACUCAAUAUUUACUUCAUUGUAUCUUAAUGAUUUCGUGUAUUUUUCUAAUUAUUUUUCAACUACCUUGACGACUUGAUAUAGUGAAAUUCAAAUAGAAAAAUACGCCUGGGAUAUGUCAUAAAUGCUGGCAGAAGCCGCAAACCUUUUUUUGAUCGUUUAAGUUAUUUCGAGUUGAAUUUUUUAAUUAAGUUUAUUUUUCUUAAUGUUUCAUCGGACGGCCUGCACCGUUAAGGUUCCAUGUAGCGUAGUUUUAUUAAGGUAUAGUUUUAAAAAUAAAUUUCCCUUUGUAGCAUGUUUUUGUAAAAAGUUAAAUGUAAGAUGACACAAAGGGAAAAGAGUUUUUUUCCGUUGUGCGGAACAAUUUAGACUGUCGUAGGUUAGUUUAGGCACGUUGUAUGAGUGAAUUUGUAAAUCGGGACUUGGACCGAGUGCUCUUUAAUAUAAGUCGCAUUUUAAAUGGAGUUUUAAUUUCUUAGUUGCAUGGAUUUAUUUUAUCCUGAAGGAUUUUUGACUUUUUUCUAAGAUUUAUCAAGCAUGCGUUACAAAUCAUGAAAUUCUUCGAUUUUGCAUGCAUUUAUUUGUUUAAUUAAAUAAGUCUUAUUAAAAGACCACUUUUAAUUUUCCACUGAUUUUAAUUUUUAAGUGUUAAAGAGCAUUUAGGUACAAUAUAAACCACUGUAUGUAAGUACAUAUAUGAUGUAAAAAUAUAAAAUAUAGGUUUAAUAUAACUGUGUCAUAUUAGAAAUAAGUGUACUAUGCUACUUAUGUAUACAUUAUUACAAUAUAAAAAGUUUAAAGAAAAAUAUUAGCGGAAUACUGACUUGAAACAAAAAAAUGUAUAAUGAAAAAUUUUAACAGGAUAAAUUGUAAUUUUCAUAUUAUAAUUUUUACAUUACGUGGAAUUAUAAUAAAGAAACAAGAGUGUAUAGGACUCGUUGUAAAUAAAUUUGUAAUUCAUGAAUAUUAGAUUUUUUUCGGUUAAAAAAUAUUGCAUUUAUAUUAUUAUUAAAAUACCCUCGGAAUGUUCUCGGAUGGUUUGUUUUAUCCAACAGUUCUUUUUGUUAAUUACUUUUUAUUGUUAUUAUUAAGAUUUUUAACGUUGUUGACUGCAAAUCAAACCCUAAUGAAAAAAAAACUUGAUUACGACUUUUAAAACUAUCAUGAGUUCCGAUGAUUAAAACAGUUGACUACCACUGAUCAAUGAUUUCUAAUUUUGACAAAAUCUUGAUCAUUUUAAGCAUUUUAAUGUUUUUCUGACCCGCUAGCUUUGCAUAGGAAAUAAAUGUGCAAUACUGAACAUGGGUAUAAGUAUAUAAACUAAAUCUUUAAUAAGAUUUUUUUUUAAAUUUAUAUUUUUAAGGUACUUUGAAUUUUACUAUUAUGGAAUUUACUUUCGUUUCGCGCAAAUUUGAUUUGAUUUAUUUUUCGACGAUAUUAUAACAAGUGCCAAAACCAUCUAGAACUGUACUUUGCCAGGGAUUAACAUGGAUUGUAACUAUGUAAUUAUUUACUAUAAUGUCUGUGCCAAAUUGAUAAUGAAACUGAACCGAUACUUAUGGAUUUUUGGGUAAAGAAGUCUUUGUACCAACCUUAUUACCUAUGACAGCUAUUAUUCUUAGUAUAAUUUACAUACCUAGGACAGAAAAGUAAGAAAUGUCUCAAGACCGCAACCGGCAGAUAAGAAAGCCUCUUAUCUGCCGGUUGCGGUAUUUUUUUUCUGUUUUGGAAAACGGUGACUUGACCAUGUGCUGAAAGUUGACGUUUUAAACGGUGACUUCGACAAUGUGCUGAAAGUUGACGUUUUUCAAAGACCGUAAUUAUAUAAGCGUACAUUAAAAGGUUUAUUGCAUGUAAUAGACUCAAAUGGAAACAUAUAAAUAUUUUCGGCUAAGUGUUUAAUGUAUUGUUAAAAAUGAUUAAUGAUUUUUUAUGCAUUAUUAGACAACGAAUUGGUGACAUGGACUUUUUUAUCCAAACCAUCUUACAAGCCAGUCUACAUCGAUGUAUAUUUUAGUAUGUGUUCGUUCUAUAAGAGUAAGCUUGAAUUAUUGAUAAAAAGGUUGAACCACUAGUGGACCAAUAAAUCCAACAAUACUCAGGGCCACUUGCAUCAACGAAAAUGGAGGGUUAACCCACCAUUUUAUAUGAAAUUUGACAGAU